AUCGCUCGUCGAUCGCAAUAAUUCGCGAUGAGUAGAGGCGUAGAGCAGACAGUAGAGCACGCGUCACGGUCCCGUCGACGUAGACGAUGACGAUGAUAAUAGAUGAUAAUAAUAAUAAUAAUAAUAAUAAUAAUAAUAUUGUACAUAAUAUUAUUUUGAUUUCGCCACGGCUAGUGGCGACGACAGUCGGCGAAUAGUGCGUGUAUGCGCUCCGAGUCUGGCAGACGGCCCAUCCGUCCAUAGUUAAAGGCCAACAGCUGUUCACUGUCGUCUCCGGUGUAAGUACGACGCGCGUCAUUCGCACUCGUCCAAUACUCCAUUAUCUCUACCGUUGGCCGCUGGAACUCAGUAAAAGCUCGACUCGGCAGAAAACGACGACAUGAGUGUUGAAAACCUCAACAACCACCAGCCAUCGGCUGAUCAGACAGUUUUAGGUUCUUCAAGCAAAAAUAAAAGAUCAAUUCUCUAUGAUAAAACAUUUCUUAUUGACAUUGUUGACAAUAUAGUCAGCUCAAAAGUGGAAAAGCUCAUAAAUUCAUAUGGAGGAAAAAUAAUUCAAUCAUUAGAGAAGAGUACCGAUUAUUUAAUAUCAGAUAUAAUACAAAAUGAAGGAGCAAAACAUAAUACCAGUUCGGAAACUAAUAAUUGUAGAAAAGAUAUUGAAGUAAAAAAUGGGUCACCUUCUAAACGUAAAAAUUCAGUUGAUCUCAUUAAUAAAGCAAAUAUUUUAAAUAUAAAAAUUUUAUCUGCCAAAAAGUUUCAACAUUGGCUCAAGUCUUUAUUGAAAAAACACCGUACCAACAAAAAACCCACAGAUCAAGUUGCAAGUGUACUAAAAGGAAAAGUUAGUUUAAAAAUAGAAUCAAUGGAUCAAGGUCAACGUCCUGUAUUUGAAUUUAUACCUAAGUGGCCAGAUUUAGGUGAUGCAUUGUGUAAAAAAAAAACAAAACAUUCGGUCGAACAUAAAUAUAAUGGAGAUAGAAGUGGUGAUGAUUACUCUUCAGAUCAGUACAGUACCUCAGAAAUUGGUGGAAUGUGUGAACUGUGUGACAUGCCAUUUAUGAAUUAUAAGGAGCAUAUAAAUACAAAAAAACAUAUGAGAGAAAGUCAAGAUGAACACAGAUUUCAUGAAUUAGACGAAUUAAUUAAUGAGAGGCCUUUAAAUGUUAUAUUUAACCAAUUUAUACCCGAUAAGUCUGAUAAGAAAAUUAACAAAGAUCAAAAAUCGGCUCAGAAAACACCUAAUCUUAAAAACUGCAUAGAAGACUCAGUUAUUACAAUAAUUGAUUCCGAUUCAGAUGAUGCUGAACAAAUAAAUGGGCCUUGUGUGUUUGGUGGUAAAGCUCCAAGUGCUUUUAAAGAACAAGCAUCAGAAAGUUUAAAGAGAAAAUACCAAUAUUCUGACACCGAUAUUUCUUUUGUACCUCAAAAAAGACCUAGUAAGUUACAUUCACCAAUACAUGAUGAAAUUAAUUUUUAUAAAAAAACCAAACGGAAACAUAAAACACAUCAAAAGUCAUUGUGUAAGGAUAUAUAUAAAGUGGAAGUUGUAAAUAGCCAUCCAUCAAAUUCAAAUAAUGAUAGAAUUGUGUCCGAUCAACCACCAGUUAUAAUACGUAUCAAGAGAGUACAAAAUUCAAAAAACAAAUAUCCUUCAAGUGAUGUUGAAAGUCAUAUAACAAUAUCAACAUCAUCAUCAUCAUCAUCAUCAUCAUCAUCAUCGUCUGAUGAUGAUGAUUAUGAUGAUGAUAUCAAUGUGAAAAAAAUACCAGAGGAGACUAUACCGGUUCAUAGAUAUAUACGUGUAGUCAGAAAACCAAGUUUUAGUAAUAAAACUGAAGUUACACCUACAAAAAGCUUCACAGAAAGUCAAAUGUUUACAUUUGAACAUCCUGAGUUACGUCAAAAUAUCCAUAAGAAUUGUUUUUACUAUCCUACUUACACCUGUAUCCCUGACACUAAGUCUAGUGUUGAAUACAUUCAGGAGAAGAUUGAAAAUUUAGGUAAUCCUAGCUUAAAAUGUACAUUGUCAUUUAAAGAUUCUUUAAAAGUCAUGUCUAAUAUGGAACCUAAAAAAAUUGGAGAAUGGUUUUAUAAUGUUCCCAAAAAAAUUCAGGAUAACUUAUCAUUCAAUUCCUCGUCAUUAGUUCCACUUACUGAGUUGUCAAAAAUUAAGUCUUUUGUAGUCCCUAAGGGGAAUGUAAACAAAAGUUCAUCAUCCUCCAGUUCUAUUGAAAUAUUGUAAUUUUAGUUAAUUUAUGUUCCAAAUGGUUUUGUGUCCUAUCUGAGAUCUCUUAGUGUUAUUUUCUUUAGGGAUUAUUUUUAAUUAUUAUAUUGAAUUAUUUUUUUUAUUUUAUGUUAUAUGCUCCCCUACUUAUAGGUAAAAUAAAACCUUUUUUAAUUCAUACCUACUCAAAGAUAUAUCCAAAGAUGUUUAAUUGUUAUUCAGUUCAUUCAUACCAAAUACCAUCUAAAAGUAUUAAAUCAAUUAAAAUAAUAGAUCUGUGCUUGAUGAUUAUUUAACUUUAAAUAUUGUUCAUAAAUUAGUUAAAAUUUAUAUUUUUUGUGGCUUAACCCCACUAAUUUGUUUUAAAAAAUUUUAAUUUUAUUUCAAAGUUUAUGUUAAUGUUAAUAUAUGUUUAUUUGUUUAUGUAACCCAUUUUAUUUUAUUUGUGGAAUGUUGUUCAGUCAGUGCCUUGUUGAAAAUAUAGUCCAAACUUUUAUAAAAUUAUUGUAUAUGAAUUAAUCCAAAUGGAACCAUAUAUAAAUCAACUUAAUGAUACAAGAAGUUUAAUUUAUAAAUAAAGUUAUUUAAUUGGGAUUAGUACUUUAAUAUAAAAUUGUUAAUAAUAUACAUAGUUAAUGAUAAUAUAUAUACAUUUAAUGGCUUCCAUUCUAGUAAAACAAUUAUAUUAUAGGAAAAUUAUAAAUAUAUUUAAACAUAAAAUUAAAAUGAUUUAUCAACAAGUCAUUGUUUAUUUAAUUGUAUUUGAAUUAGUGUAAGCGAAAAAUUAAUAUUAAUCCACAAGUGUUACAGUAUUAAGGAUAGUCUGUUGUUAAAAUGUUUUGUUUUUUUUAAGUUAUAUUUUAUUGUUUUGUUGUGAUUUAAUACAUUUUUACAAGAUAUAUAAUGUACAUAUAAUGUUAUAUAAAAUGUAUUUCUUAGUUUUCUGAAUAUUUUAUGUCUAUUUGUUUAUAAUAAUAUUUUACUGCUAUAUUUUUAUAAAUGGUCUAAGAACUGUUUUUGUUAACCGAAUUUAAAUAUUUUUUCUACCUUAUAUGUCAGUGUUGACAUUAGACUUAUAUGUUGCUAGACUGACUUAAAAGGGGAAAAUGGUUUUAAUAUACAUUCUUGUUAUUGUGAAAAAGUGAGAAUACUUGAUCAAGUAAUUUUUUUAAUUGUUCAAGUAUUUGAAUACAAGAUAAAAAUUACAAUAAAUAAAGUUGAAAUAAAUGUAUCAAUUUCACUAAGUCACUUUUUUAUUUGAUGGCAACAAACUAUUAAAUAUACUACCUUAUAUGUUUAUAUAAUAUUACAUUUUUACUAAAGCAAAUGUAUAUUGGUUUUAUUUUUAUUUUUUAUUGCCAAUUUGUGUUUAGACUUGAGUGAAUUUAUAUAUUAUAUUUUGUUCACUAUAAGUUGUGAAUUUUGUUUAAAACAAUAUAUGUGUGUGCCUUUA